AUGGUCCAGACCGACGAGACCUGGACCCAUGAAAAAGGAGGAUACGUGAAUCUUUCCAUCACUGGCGGAGCCACCUGCGAUUACGUGCGCAUUAAUCGCGCCGUUGGCGACGCAGACCUCGGCGAACACAUUGCCGAGCCAGAGGACUCCGCUUCUGCGCUGAACAUCCCGGCUGUGAACGGACUCUCAGCGCGGGUUUGCGAUAGUAUGAAGGUGGAAGGGGAAUAUGGUCGUGUCAGUAGGCAGAAUAAAGCCGUGGAUACUAAUUGCGACGAUGCAAACGAGUUGAGUGAAGAGCCUGAGCCUAAGGUACUCGCUCCUAAGCGCGGACUCAGAUUUUGGCGAUCAGUGCCGUAG